AACAGAAGAAGAAAUGUGACGCUGCCCGCCAAUUUUAGAGCAUGUAAACAUUAGGUCCUGAGCCUAAACGGGACAGGCGAAAACUGUGGUAUUUCUCAGUCUGAACGGUUUUUAUAUCGAUAAUAACUGCGAGUGGAAAAGGAAUGGCAGAUUCAUCUCCUCUUGUGGCUUGCAGUGACAGUGACUCAAUAAAAGUAUUUGUGCGAGUGCGUCCUCUGACCCAGGGCACAGGGCUCACCACAGAUGGGGAUCAGAGCCUGUGUCUUAGCGUCACCUCCCCAAACACAAUUCGGCUGCUCUCAAAGCCACAGCCGCGAAUUUUCACUUACGACCAUGUUGCUGAUAUGGACACUACUCAGGAUGCAGUGUUUUCCUCUGUGGCCAAGAACAUUGUUGAAUCCUGCAUGAAUGGAUAUAAUGGCACUAUAUUUGCAUAUGGACAAACCGGCUCUGGGAAGACAUUUACCAUGCUUGGUCCUUCAGAAUUGGAUAAUUUCACUGAUGAAUUGCGGGGAGUAAUACCUCGCAGUUUUGAAUAUCUGUUUUUUCUCAUUAAUCGGGAAGUGGAAAGGUCAAAACAAUCCAAGAGCUUCCUCUGCAAAUGUUCCUUUAUUGAGAUCUACAAUGAACAGAUUUAUGAUCUGCUGGACACCGCCUCAGCUAGCCUCUUUGUGAGAGAGAACAUUAAGAAGGGUGUGUUUGUUGAGGGUGCUGUUGAGAAGUUUGUCAAUUCAGCGGCUGAGGCCUACCAGGUUUUGUCUUUGGGAUGGCGUAAUCGCAGAGUAGCAUCCACUUCAAUGAACCGUGAGUCCUCUAGAUCUCAUGCUGUGUUCACCAUGACCCUGGAGUCCAAAGAGUCCAUCAAUGAGGUGGUGAAUAUCCGGAUGUCUCAGCUUAACUUGGUGGACCUGGCAGGAUCAGAGCGGCAGAAGGACACACACACUGAGGGCUCCAGACUCAAGGAAGCCAGCAGCAUCAACCGCUCUUUGAUGUGCCUUGGUCAGGUGAUCAUGGCUCUCGUCGAUGUAUCCAAUGGAAAGAAUCGCCAUAUUUGCUAUAGAGAUUCAAAACUAACAUUCUUGUUAAGAGACUCUCUUGGAGGAAAUGCCAAAACUUAUAUUAUAGCAAAUGUUCACCCUGGUUCUAAGUGCUUUGGAGAAACCCUUUCCACCCUACAAUUUGCCCAAAGAGCGAAGCUGAUCAAGAACAAAGCUAUUAUUAACGAAGACACCCAAGGAAAUGUGAGGCAGUUGCAAGCUGAAGUGAAAAAACUAAAGGAACAGCUUACGCUUGCACUUGCUUUAGGUGACUCUCAAAGGGAUGUUGCCCCUGGAGGACCUGAAGUUCCAAUUGCUGGCCAACCUGUUGAAAGUCAGGACUGGAUCCAGUACAAAUCCAAGUUUAUUGCUGCAGUUCGUCUUUGGAAGAGACGAGAAGAGGAGAAAAGGAUGCUGCUUGAGAAAGUGGCUCAACUGGAAGAGGCCUGGAGUCAGAAAGAUAAAUUUAUCCACUCGAGCCGCAUGAUAGUCAAGUUUCGAGAGGAUCACAUCUCUCGCCUAGAGAAUAAAAUCAAAACUGGACAAAACAUAUUCACAAAUGAAGAAAGUCAGUCUGUCAUUGACCAGCUCAAAGAGGAAAUCAGCAUUUUAAAAGAACAGGUGGAACAUCACCCCAAGAUGACACGCUACGCUGCAGAGAAUGUGAGCCUCCGAGAGGAAAACCGCCUGCUCCGCUCUCUGGAGUCUGUCAUUCAGGCAGAUGCAGCAGCAGCCCAGGUGUCAGCUGAGCUGGAAGCGGCCUUUCAGACAGCCAUGGAGGCUGAAAGAACUGAGACUCUCACAGCUCCAACAGCAGUGGAUGUGGCCUCUGUCACAGCAAUGGAGAAACUUAAAAAUCAGCUUCUGCAAAAACAAGGAGACCUUGCUGCUGCACUUCAGGCUUUUGAGGAGUACAAGCAAGUCACCAAGAGACAAUUGUCUCAGCUGGAGUCAGAUAAAAGGUAUUUGGAGAAAUCCAACCGACAUUUAGAAAAAAUACUGGAAGCAACUAAUGCUUACAAAAAACAGGAGGUGUCAGAGCUGAAUAGAAUCCAUGUUGAAACAAUAAAGAUUCUCACCACACCCACCAAAGCGUACAACCUGCGCUCCCGAAUAGUGCCUUUUUCUAGUCCAGAGCACCUGAAUGGUUCAGAAAAUAAUGAGGACAUUUGGAAUGAGCAGCCUCCAACUGAAAUGACAGAAAUGGCUCUGACUGAGGAACUACGACAAGUGCAGGACCAGGCUGGUCUUGUCCAAUCGCAGCUGGAUGAGGCUGAGCUGAAAAAUGGCAAACUCUUACAGGAAAUCUCGAGGCUGGAGGAGCAGAUUACUCUGCUCUCUGAGGAGUGUAACUGUAUUAAUGAGCGCCUCUGUGUUGAGAGAGCUGACAGGACCAAUGAGCAACUUCAACUCCAAGAAACCAUCACAAGUCUACAGCAAAGUGUCCUGUCUGAACAGCAGACAGCAGAAGUUUUACAGAAUGAGAUCCGGGACCUACGCAUGGUACUACAAUCUUCAGACAAAGAGCUGGCCUCUGUUAAAGAGCAGCUGAAGAAUUGUGAGGCAGAGCAGCAGAAAGAAGUGAGCCAUCUGUCCAACAGUCUGAUCAGCACACAGCUGCAGCUUGACAAAGUCCAGCUGGAGUGGGAGCAGCUCUUGGAGCAGCACCGGCUUCUUCAGGACGGUUUGGAUCAAAAUCAGGCUGAGGCCAAGUUUGAAACUGACCAAACCAAGCAGCAUCUUCACGACAGCCAACAGAAGAUUGAGGAGUUGAAGACACAGAUUACUGAUUUGGUUAGUGCUCUGAAAGCAGAACAAGAAAACACAAAGUCCUUGUUGUCUCAGUUGAGAGAAAACAAAGAGAGUGCAUCAAAAGAACUUGUGGAAACAGUGGAGAUAAAUUCACAACUUAAAAAAGAGGUCUCCGAGCUCAACACACAGAAUUACCAGCAGGCAUCCAGACUUUUGACUCUAGAGCAAAGCUUAAUUUCUGCCACUGAUAAAAUAAAGAGCCUGGAGCAGAAGAUGGAACAGGAUAAAGAUGUUGUGGUAGACUUAAUAAACCAAACCAGAGAGUUGCGCAGUGAUCUAAGCCAAAAAGACACUACCAUCACUCACCUCACUGAAGAUUUAAAGGAGAUCACUAUAAAGUACAAUGGUGUGUGCCAGGAACGUGAGGAUAUCCGUGAGGAAAAGUCCAGGUUGCAAAAAGAAUCGGUGGAGCUGAAGGAGUCUAUGGACCGGAGAGAAGCAUCUAACAAAAUAGAAGUGGAGGUGCUGCAGGAGGAAGUGGCCUAUGCCACAGAAGAGGUGGAGAGGCUCACAAAGGUGCUAGAUGAGCAGAAUGCGCUCCUUCAGGCUUCUCAAGAACAAGUGACCCAGAAGGAUGCCAUGAUCAAAAGCCUGCAGCAGAAGGUGCAACAACAGCAGGAAGUGGUAGAAAAAAGUGUUAGAAACUACAUACCUCAUCCACAAACUCCAACAAUGACUGUGACUCCAAAGUUUGCAUCUCGGACCCCAUGCACUCCAGGCAGCUUCAACAGAGAUCUCAGCCAGGUUCUGGAGAGCCAGGAGAGGGAGCUGGAAAACCGCCGCUCUUCCAUGAUGACCAUGGAGAUCCUGCUGGCAGAGCUGAAUGCUGAGAGGACUGCCAAGAAUGAGGAGAUCCAGAGGCUUAAGACUCAACUAACUGAAAAAGAAAUGGUACGGUUGGAGAUUCAGGCGUUGGUGGAUCAGUUUUAUUCUAAGCAAACACAAACCCCGGAUUCUAAUGGUGUCGAGUUGAGUGAAGCUAUUAACAAGUCCAUUCUAAAAGAAUUACAAGAUGAGAAAGCAGAUAAGAACGCUAUACUGCAGAAGCUGUCAGACAUGCAGAAAAAAAUGCUGGCUCAGGAGUCUCUACUGGCCCAGUCUCAAACCUGCGUCCAGGAGCUCACCUCUGAGCUGAGGAACCGCUGUUUGGAGCUUAGGGAGCUGAACCAGAGGGUGCUCGAUGAGGAGAAGCUUCUCCAGGAGAAUGAGGUUCUACGUAAGCAGAAUGUUCAACUGUCAGAAGAGAAUGGAAAACUUGUUGGGCACAAAAAUCACAAACAGAGGAUAGAGUAUCUGGUGAAAUUAAAGAAGGACAACACCAAGCUUCAGGAGGAAAAUGAAAAGCUGAGAUCUGAACUCAAUUUGCUACGAGAAAACAUUGGAUGUCUCCCAGCUCUGCCAGCAGAGUUGUUGUAAUUUAUAUUAUAAAACUGGGAUUUCCUUUUUUAUUAUGUUUUUAAUAUU